CCCAAACGCCGUAGGAUUAGGAUAUCUUUUCGCUCCUCGCGAUUAAGGCGGCGUCGAUGUGUCUGAGUCCGGGUUUUGGCCGCUGCGGGCGGAACUUGGUAAGGGGAUUCCGCACUGAUGGAGGGCGGUGCCGCCAUGAUGGGACGAAUUGAAGUUGAAGAUGGAGGCAUAGUGGCAGUGCCGUUGUCCAUAAUAAAAAAAUAAUAAUAGCUUUGGGGCUAAACAAAAACUCCGACAGAGCUGAUCGUCGAUAGCUCCCAUGUUGCUCAGCGAAAUGUCCCAUCACGUGGGCUUUAGAAAGGCGUUUGGCGCUUCCUUUGCCGCGCUAAUGAUACGCCAUCUGCGGCCGUUUAGGAUGACAGGGGGAACUGCCUUGGACACCGUUAGUUACCAUACCGUGGGGACGAGCUUGGGAAGCUGGCCCUGGAGUUAAGCUAUUUGUCUGCGAACAUGGGAUAUGGAAGACGACGAGAUUAUUUGAUAGGGAAAUGCGAAUUAGGGCUGCAGGCCUACACGUGAUCCUCACCUCCCUCCAUCCGGUUUUGAUCCUUCGAUUGUCCCUAGACAACACCACACAGCAGAAAAGGGGAUUACAGCGUGUGUUUUGACCCAGGAAACGUGUUUUGAUUCACUGGACAACAUUUGUAAGUGCAGGUUCAGUUUAUCAUUGCAUAUCUGCAGCUUGCACUGAGAAGCCCCCACCGGUUCUGAGGACCACCUCAUAGAGAUAGAUAUCAUUCUAACUUGCGUUAUGGAGCGUGAUUCAAUAUUGUGGUUCAAGUUUAGCUCCAUCACCCGCUUCCAAUAAGUACAUGUACAUGUACAAUUACCCGAACCACUUACUUUUCUAAAACAUCUCUUUGCUAAAGCAGGGGAGGAACCUAGAAGAUGCAUCCGCAAAAUUGACCUGGUGCAUCCCGCCUCGUGGGGAAGCUGUACAACUCUGCCGAUCGUCUGGGAGAUACUGUGGACACCGAAGUCAUACCAAGGUGGAUAGACUCCGGGUUAGGAUAUGCUCCCGUUCCAGCAGCCUGUUCUUGUCUUACUCCGUGGACAGGAGUAAUUAACGACCUUGAACGGAGAUCGGAUGAGAAUGCCCUUCCCGAUAUGUGAGAGCGUGGUCUCAAUAUGCAACUAGAGCAUGAAUCUGACAGACUGCAACUGGUGCAACUGUGAGGUUCCUGUUCAUGAAAUGAUAAUGGGAGCUCUCAAGCCUAUGCCUAAAGAUGGCUGGGAACAAUCGAGCAGUAGUGACCGAAGAUUCAAGGUACGCUGACAUCUUAAUAUGGUUAUAUCUCCAUGGAUGCCAUGCAUUUCAAUCGAGAUAGGCCUAUAUGGUGGUUUCUGCUAUUGUACAAACACCUACAGAAUCGUCAGAACCCGUCUCAGCAGGCUCAUUCCUCGGCGUAAUUUCCAGAGCUCGGCAGACAUGCAUCGGCUUGCAAGCCGACCAUGUUAUUACCUGCAUACCUUCAUACAAAUUAGCAUAAACACCAACAUUCGGACGACUUCCACGACCCUCUUAUCUAAAUACAUGGUUGUGUGAUACCAAUUCCGGAGUCGGGAUAACAUCGGUGUCACCUAUUCGCCACACGGGUGUUGCAUCGUUGCCGAUCGCAGAUUGGAAUUUGCAAAAUUUUGCAUUUGCAGUCGAGUCGCCAUGCCCUAUUUCCUCUUAUAUUACUGAUCAAUUGGUAUUGUCCGUUUGGCUUCCAACUGCUGUCACAUUUUCGUUACUUAAUAUUUCUUUGUUUUUAUUUAUUUUUUCCAAUCUUUCUGGUCAUAUCUUGAGCUGAGGAAGUCCCACUCUUUGCCAAUUGUGGGAAAAACUCUGUUUCUCCUCUUGCAGUAUCCGUGUCUCGACUUCCCACCUGCUAUAGUCUCUCGUCAAUCAUUAUAUCGUCUUAGCAAAUUCCCUAAUUUGGAUUCCCAACAAACCUUUCCAAGCUAAGUGGGAGCAUCGAGAAUGGGAGAGCCGAGAGACCACAUAUCAUUGGCCCAGGAUGAGAAGAGGCCGAAGGGUACAGAGGGUAACCCCCCUCCAGGCCUGAAUUAUGACUCGGAUGAGUUAGCAAAGUUGCAGCCCCGCGAGCUGCCUCAGCUCAAGAGGAAGCUGAAGAGCAGACACCUUCAGAUGAUUGCUAUUGGAGGAACGAUCGGUACUGGCCUGUUCAUUGGUAGCGGGGGUGCAAUUUCAAAGACCGGCCCCGCGGGCGCCCUGAUCGCGUAUGCCUUCGUCGGGUCUAUCGUAUAUUCGGUCAUAGUUUCACUUGGAGAAAUGGCAACCUAUAUACCAAUAGCUGGCGCCUUUACUUCAUACGCUACCCGCUUCGUCGACCCUAGCCUUGGCUUCGCGAUGGGUUGGAUAUACUGGUUUUCAUGGCCCAUUACUUUCGCCCUCGAAUUGACGGCGACAGGCCUCAUCAUUCAAUAUUGGAACGAUCAAAUCCCCAUUGGCAUCUUCAUAGCUGUCUUUUGGGUCUUCAUUACGUUAAUCAACAUGUUGCCCGUCAGCUUCUACGGCGAGAUCGAGUUCUGGUUCUCCAGCGUCAAAGUCAUCACUGUUAUUGGCUUCAUGAUUUUUGGCAUUUGCAUCAAUGCCGGUGCAGGCCAGCAGGGCUAUAUAGGAUUUAAAUACUGGCACAAUCCCGGCGCGUUCGCCCCAUACCUCCUUGAAGUCAUCGGACAUGAUAAAGUUGCUACCGCUAAAUUCAUCGGGUUCUGGGCGACUCUUAUCCAAGCCGGCUUCUCAUAUCAGGGCACUGAAUUAGUUGGCAUCGCGGCUGGAGAGACAGAAAACCCGCGCAAGGCCGUACCGGCAGCAAUUAAGAAGACGUUCUACCGCAUCCUCUUCCUCUUCGUCCUGACAAUCUUCUUUAUCGGGAUCCUGAUACCAUUCACAAACCAAGACCUUCUGUCAAAAGCCUCCGACGCUUCCGCGUCCCCGUUUGUUAUUGCUGCCAAACUCGCCGGUGUCAAUACACUCCCAGGCCUCAUCAACGUCGUUCUCCUCACUGUGGUUAUCUCCGCUGCUAACUCCAACGUCUACUCCGGUAGUAGAGUACUGCUUGGCCUUGCUCAGGACGGCUGUGCGCCCAAAAUUUUCACCAGGACCACUACCGCCGGUGUACCAUGGGUAAGCAUUUUAUUUACAGCCGCCUUUGGCCUGCUAGGCUUCCUCAACGUAUCCAACAGCGGCUCUGUGGUUUUCGAAUGGCUCAUGAACAUCAGCAGUAUCGCCGGCUUCAUCUCAUGGUCAUGCAUUAACGGCUGCCACCUAAGCUUUAUGCGGGCGCUGCGGGCGCGGAAUAUUAGCCGCGACGCACUACCUUACAAAGCACCCUUCCAGCCCUACCUGGCCUGGUACGGCCUCCUCUUCAACAUCCUUAUCAUCAUCACCCAAGGGUUUACGGCAUUUAUACCAUGGAAUAUAUUGAAUUUUUUCGUCAGUUAUAUUAGUUUAAUUCUGUUCGUGGUGUUGUAUGCGGGGCAUAGGAUUGUGUACCGCCCGAGCUUUGUCCAGCCGUUGGAGGCGGACUUAGAUACGGGCCGGCUGUUGGCUGAUGCGGAAACUUGGGAGACUACUAGAGUCCCGACGACGGCGUGGGAACGUGUUCAGCAUCGGAUGCAUCUUAUGUUUUGGUAAUAGUAGGGGUGAUGCUCCUAUCUAUCCAGGCGUCUCUUUUUCUGCUUCUAUAUUUGCCAUCUUCCCCUCUGUUUGUUCGCUGCUCAUAUGUAUAUUGUACUUAUCUUGUAUUUCUAUCAACUUCCUUUUCCGUUGAUUGAUUGAGGAUUCGAUGGAUUGAGAACCUGUGGAUUCAACCAGUUUAUGUGAUACAUUAAAAGAUUUUAUGAUCGUGUGGUAGUCAGGGCGGAGCGGCUGAACAGGUGGC